AUGUACGGUACCGGUACCGGCGCUCAGACGGGCGUCACCACCCCCAGGUCGUCUGCCUCUCUGCGGCCGCUCACCCUCUCUCACGGGUCCCUCGAAACCUCUUUCUUGAUACCCACCGGCCUUCAUUUCCACGCAACUCAGCUAAAGGAGCGGUUUGCUGCUAUCCUUCCCGCCCCUACCGACGAGCUCGCGCAAGAUGACGAGCCCUCGUCCAUUUUCGAGCUUGUUGCCAGAUACAUGGGUUUUAUCGCGACCGAGGUGGCACAAGGCGAGGACGACGCUCAGGGUUCAUACGAGGAGGUACUCAAAAUCAUCCUGAACGAGUUCGAGAGGGCGUUCCUGCGGGGCAACGAUGUCCAUGCCCUGGUCUCUACAAUGGAGGGAAUCGACGACAAGAAGCUCGAAGUCAUUCGCUGCUACUACCUUGCGCGAUCAGCCAGCAACAGAGCCAUCAAGCCUUACGAGUCGGCUCUGUUCCGUGCCGCUGGUGAAAACGCGGCCAAGAUCUUCACCAUCUUUGGUGGCCAAGGAAACAUCGAGGAGUACUUCGAAGAGCUCCGGGAGCUGCACCACACCUAUCCGGCAUUCGUCGGCGAGCUGAUCACCACAUCCGCCGAGCUGCUCCAGACCCUGUCCAGCCACCCUGAUGCCGAGAAGAUGUACCCCAAGGGCCUUGACGUGCUUGGUUGGCUUCAGAGCCCAGAGGCCACCCCCGACGUCGACUACCUUAUCUCUGCCCCCGUCAGCUUCCCCUUGAUUGGUUUGGUACAGCUGGCACACUAUCAGGUCACCUGCAAGGUGCUGGGUGUGCAUCCCGGCGUCCUUCGUGAGAGAAUCAGCGGAACGACAGGUCACUCUCAAGGUGUUGUCCUUUCUGCUAUCACUGCGGCCGCGGAUUCGUGGGAAAGUUUCGAGGAGCAUAGCAAGGCUGCCUUGACCAUCCUCUUCUGGAUCGGCGCUCGUAGCCAGCAAACCUUCCCUAGAACUUCCCUAGCCCCCUCGAUGCUUCAAGACUCGGCUGAUAAUGGCGAGGGUGUUCCUACCCCCAUGCUCAGCAUCCGAGACCUUCCCCAAGCCGAGGUUCAGAAGCAUAUCGAUCAGACCAAUGCCUACCUCCCUGAGGAUCAGCAUAUUUCCAUUGCUUUGAUCAACAGCCCCCGGAACAUGGUCGUUGCCGGGCCUCCCAGCUCUCUGCACGGUCUCAACUUGCAGCUGAGAAAGCUCAAGGCUGCUACUGGUCUUGAUCAGACCAGAAUCCCCCACACCGAGCGUAAGGUUCGGUUCGUGAACCGUUUCCUGCCCAUCACUGCUCCUUUCCACAGCAAGUACCUCGCCAAGGCUUCCGACCUGAUUGCCGAAGACCUCAAGGACGUUCAGAUUGACUCUCGGACCCUGGGUAUGCCCGUUUAUAACACUUUCACGGGCAAGGAUCUUCGGGAGGAAGUUGAGGGCAACAUUGUUCCUUCCCUUAUCCGCAUGAUUACGGGCGAGACCGUCCACUGGGAGAAGGCUACCGUUUUCCAGGAUGCCACCCAUAUCCUCGAUUUUGGCCCUGGCGGUAUCUCCGGCCUCGGCAUUCUGACUAGCCGUAACAAGGAGGGUACCGGCGUUCGCGUCAUCCUUGCUGGCACGGUGAACGGAACUGUCACUGAUGUUGGCUACAAGCCCGAGUUGUUCGACCGUGACGAGGAGCAGGCAGUCAAGUUUGCUGUGAACUGGGUCAAGGAAUACGGUCCUAGACUGGUCAAGAACUCUGUUGGUCGUACAUACGUUGAUACCAAGAUGAGCAGACUUCUUGGUCUCCCGCCCUUGUUGGUCGCUGGUAUGACUCCUACCACUGUGCCUUGGGACUUCAUUGCUGCCACCAUGAAUGCUGGCUAUCAGAUCGAGCUUGCUGGCGGUGGCUACUACAAUGCCAAGACCAUGACCGAGGCCAUCUCUAAGAUUGAGAAGGCUGUUCCUGCUGGUCGCGGUAUCUGCGUCAACUUGAUCUAUGUCAACCCUCGCGCCAUGGGCUGGCAGAUUCCCCUGCUUGGCAGGCUCAGAGCUGAGGGCUAUCCCAUCGAAGGUCUCACCAUCGGUGCUGGCGUUCCUUCCAUCGAGGUCGCGCAGGAGUAUAUCGAGACUCUGGGACUCAAGCACAUCUCUUUCAAGCCUGGUUCGGGUGAGGCUAUCCAGGCCGUCAUCAACAUCGCCAAGGCCAACCCUACCUUCCCCGUGAUUCUCCAAUGGACCGGUGGCAGAGGUGGUGGUCAUCACUCGUUUGAGGAUUUCCAUCACCCCAUCCUCAACCUCUAUGGUCGCAUCCGCCGCCAAGAAAACAUUAUUCUCGUUGCCGGUAGCGGUUUCGGAGGUGCUGAUGACACUUACCCCUACCUCACUGGUGACUGGUCCAUCAAGUAUGGCUAUCCCCCCAUGCCCUUCGACGGCUGCAUGUUCGGUAGUCGUAUGAUGGUCGCCAAGGAAGCCCACACCAGCCUGGCUGCCAAGCAGGCUAUCGUUGACGCUCCUGGUCUGGACGACAGUGACUGGGAGAAGACCUACAAGGGCCCCGCUGGCGGUGUCAUCACUGUCCGCUCUGAGAUGGGUGAGCCCAUUCAUAAGCUCGCCACUCGUGGUGUCCGCUUUUGGGCUGAGAUGGACCAGAAGAUCUUCAGCCUUCCCAAGGAGAAGAGGGUCGCUGCUCUUAAGGCUAGCCGUGAUUACAUCAUCGAGAAGCUCAACAAGGACUUCCAAAAGGUCUGGUUUGGUCAGAACAAGGAGGGUAAGGCCGUUGAUCUUGAGGACAUGACAUAUGCUGAGAUUGUUCGCCGCCUGGUCGAGCUUCUCUACGUCAAAGAUGAGGCUAGGUGGAUCGAUCAGUCGUACACCAAGCUUACUGGUGACUUUAUCCACCGCAUUGAGGAGCGAUUUACCACCACGCCUGGCCAGCCUUCCAGACUCCAGAGUUAUGCUGACCUCAAGGAACCCUACUCUGCUGUUGAGCAGAUUCUCUCGCACUAUCCCGAGGCCGAGAAGCAACUCAUCAACGCUCAGGAUGUCCAACAUUUCCUGCUGCUCUGCCAACGUCGUGGACAGAAGCCGGUCACCUUUGUGCCUGUUCUCGAUGAGAACUUCGAGUUUUUCUUCAAGAAGGAUUCGCUUUGGCAGUCGGAGGAUCUUGCGGCUGUCGUUGGCAAGGAUGUCGGCCGUACCUGUAUUCUCCAGGGUCCCAUGGCUGCCAAGCACGCUACCAAGGUGGACGAGCCCAUCAAGGACAUCCUCGACGGAAUUCACAACGGUCACAUCGCCUUGCUCACCCGUGAUAUGUAUGGCGGCGAUGAGAGCAAGAUCCCUACCAUUGAGUACUUUGGUGGUAAGCUGAUCGAGUCAGAAAUUCCUCUCGAUAUCGAGGGUCUUACUGUCUCCUAUGAUGAGCACAAGAACACCUAUCGUCUGUCCUCAUCGCCUUCCGUUCAACUUCCUUCGCUGGACGCCUGGCUUUCGCUUCUCGCCGGACACCAAAGAAACUGGCGUUUCGCCCUUCUCCAGUCCGACGUCCUCGUCCAAGGACAAAAGUAUCAGACCAACCCCAUGCGCCGCAUCUUUGCGCCGGCUCGUGGUCUGUUUGUCGAGAUUCUACACCCGAAUAACCCCGAAAAGACGGUCAUUCUCGUUAAGGAGCAGCCACGCCCCAACCGCUACGCUGAUGUCAUUGAGGUCAAGCUGGACGGCAAGAACGAGAUUGUUGUCAACAUGAUCAAGGAUACCACGGCCCUCGGAAAGCCAGUGCCCCUCACUCUCAAGUUUAUCUACAACCCUGAGGCUGGCUACGCUCCUAUUCACGAGGUUAUGGAUGGUCGCAAUGAUCGCAUCAAGGAGUUCUACUGGCGCGCGUGGUUCGGCGAUGAGAAGCUUGACCUCGAUUCCUCCGUUCAUGAAGUCUUCGACGGCGGCAAGACCACCAUCACCAGCGAGGCCAUCAAUGAGUUUGUUCACGCCGUUGGCAACACCGGAGAGGCCUUCGUCGACAGACCCGACAAGGUCAUGUAUGCUCCCAUGGACUUUGCUAUUGUUGUUGGCUGGAAGGCUAUCACCAAGCCUAUUUUCCCUCGCACCAUCGACGGUGACCUGCUCAAGCUCGUCCAUUUGUCCAACCAGUUCCGCAUGAUGCCUGGUGCUGAGCCCCUCAAGAAGGGCGACGUGGUUUCGACUACUGCUCAGAUCAACGCUGUCAUCAACCAGGAGUCUGGAAAGAUGGUCGAGGUCUGUGGUACCAUCACUCGUGACAGUGAGAAGGUCAUGGAGGUUACUUCGCAGUUCUUGUAUCGUGGUACCUACACCGACUUCGAGAACACAUUCCAGCGCAAGGUGGAGACCCCUAUGCAGCUUCAUCUUGCCACCUCCAAGGACGUGGCCGUCCUUCGCUCCAAGGAUUGGUUCAUGAUGGAUGAUGUUGAAAACCCUGACAUUGAGCUUCUCGGCCAGACCCUCACCUUCCGUCUCCAGACCUUGGUUCGCUUCAAGAACAAGACUGUCUUCAGCCACGUGGAGACCCAGGGCCAGGUUCUUCUUGAGCUCCCGACCAAGGAGAUUAUCCAGGUUGCCACUGUCAACUACUACGCUGGAGAAUCUCACGGAAAUCCCGUCAUCGACUACCUCCAGCGUCAUGGUUCCUCCAUUGAGCAGCCGAUCAACUUUGAGAACCCUAUCCCUCUGAGCGGAAAGACCCCCCUCCAACUCAAGGCGCCCUCGUCCAACGAGACUUAUGCCCGCGUCUCCGGUGAUUAUAACCCCAUUCACGUCUCCCGUGUCUUUUCCAGCUAUGCCAACCUUCCUGGCACCAUCACUCACGGCAUGUACUCGAGUGCCGCGGUGCGCAGCUUGGUUGAGACCUGGGCUGCCGAGAACAAGGUUGGCCGCGUUCGCAGCUUCCACGCCUCUCUUACCGGCAUGGUUCUUCCCAAUGAUGACAUCAAUGUGAAGUUGCAGCACGUCGGCAUGGUUGCUGGCCGGAAGAUUAUCAAGGUUGAGGCUAGCAACAAGGAGACCGAGGAAAAGGUGCUCCUGGGCGAGGCCGAAAUUGAGCAGCCUAUCACCGCUUACAUCUUCACCGGCCAGGGUUCGCAGGAGCAGGGCAUGGGUAUGGAUCUUUAUAACAGCAGCCCUGUGGCCAAGGCUGUCUGGGAUCGGGCUGACAAGUAUCUCAUGGACACUUAUGGCUUUGCCAUCACCAACAUUGUCCGGAACAACCCCAAGGAGCUCACCAUUCACUUUGGUGGCCCUCGUGGCAAGGCCAUCCGCCAGAACUACAUGUCCAUGACUUUCGAGACUGUGGCUGCCGAUGGCUCGAUCAAGUCGGAGCGCAUGUUCAAGGAGAUCGACGAGAAGACUACCUCUUACACUUACCGCUCACCCAACGGUCUUCUCUCGGCUACCCAGUUCACGCAGCCCGCUCUUACUCUAAUGGAAAAGGCCAGCUUUGAGGACAUGAAGGCCAAGGGACUUGUGCCCCGUGAUAGCACCUUCGCUGGUCACUCUCUUGGCGAAUACUCUGCGCUAGCUGCCCUUGCCGAUGUCAUGCCCAUCGAGUCCCUCGUGUCCGUCGUCUUCUACCGUGGUCUCACCAUGCAAGUCGCUGUCGAGCGCGAUGAGACAGGCCGCUCCAACUAUGGCAUGUGCGCUGUCAACCCUAGCCGUAUCAACAAGACUUUCACCGAAGAGGCCUUGCGGUUCGUGGUCGGUAGCAUCGCAGAGACCACCGGAUGGCUUCUUGAAAUCGUCAACUUCAACGUCGAGAACAUGCAGUACGUCUGUGCUGGCGACUUGCGUGCGCUCGACACCCUUGGCGGUGUGUGCAACGCUAUCAAGAUGAUGAAGAUCGACAUUGAGAAAAUGCGCAAGGAAUACUCUGCCGAGACUGUCAAGGAGCAGCUGGUCGAGAUCAUCAAGUCGUGCGCCAACGACACUCAGGCUAAGCCCACUCCCCUCGUUCUCCAGCGUGGCUUUGCAACCAUCCCGCUCCCCGGUAUCGAUGUGCCCUUCCACUCGACCUUCCUGCGCUCUGGUGUCAAGCCUUUCAGAAGCUUCUUGCUCAAGAAGAUCAACAAGACUACCAUCGACCCAUCGAAGCUUAUUGGCAAGUACAUUCCCAACGUGACUGCUAAGCCAUUCGCGAUCACCAAGGAGUAUUUCGAGGAUGUCUACCGGUUGACGAACUCCCCUAAGAUCCAACAGAUCUUGGCAAACUGGGAUAAGUACCAGGAGGAGGGUGUCAGUGGAAUCCCUGAUGCGGAGUAACCGGUUUGUAUGUUGAGGGGAACAAGGACAGCAUGGCGGCGUUCGAGAGAGGAAAAUUACUGGUAUUGAGGCGGUGGGAAUGUCUUCAUGGAUUAUUUUGUUUUGUUCGCCGUGGUUUUUUUUUCCAUGUGUUAUAAUCAUUUUUUCAUCAUGGUUUUAGGCGUUUUAGACGAUGUACUUUCGGCACGGAAAAUAUGUCAAGCAUAGAAGGCAAAUCAACAAUGUUCGCUGAA